AUGCCACCAGGUCUCCCCUACACCAAAUACAUAGGCUCCUUCCAAGGCGCCCCCAUAACCUUCCUCCUCGGGCCCUCCCAAUCCCGCUUCGACGUCCACAGCCUCCUCCUCAGCACCCUCUCCCCGCUCUUCCGCCACCCGAACGGCUUCCCCAAAACCCCCCGUACGCCCAUCCGCCUCCCCUCCGUCUCCGCUCAGGACUUCCUCGCGCUCUUCACCUGGCUGUACGAGCGCAAACCACCCUCCUUCGCCAACGCCGAGGGCCUCAAGAUCCUCGUGCGGCUAUGGAUCGCAGCGGGCAAGCUGGGCGUGUGGAAGACGCAAAACACGAUUCUGCGGCUGGGCAUGGCGCUCAUGCAGCCCGGCGACUUUGGCGUCGAUGUCGAGACCGUGCGCUGGGUGUACGAGAACACGGCGCCGGGGAGCAAGCUGCGCGGCUUCGUCAUCGCUGUCUUUUGCCAGCGGCCCGCGGGCGGGCAGGUGGAGCGGCGUUUCUUCCGCCCGUGCUACGAGGGCUUGGGCAUUUUCCGCGACGCGCUGGCGUUCUUGAAGGUCCUGGGGAAGGUGGUGAUGAAUUAUCUUGUUACUGGCGGGACGGAGAUCGAUUGGCGGAGGGUGGAGUUUCGGCUCCCUGGGUAUUUGGUUUGGGGGGAGAGGGGCGAGGAUUUGCCGGAUGGGUUUUUUGUUACGGAGGAGGAGGCGGCGGAGGCGGCGGGCGAGGUUGCGGCGCAGAUGUAG